CGACGGGACGGCCGAGGCGGCCCCCUGAGCGGCGCCUCCUCCACUUUACCGAGCUCCUUUCUGGCUGAUUUUUUAAUCUCCCUCCCCCAACACAUACUCCCAUUGUGCUUUUUUUUUUCUUCCUUUCUCUCCUCGUUCUUGACCAAUCUCAGCAAGAUUGAUUUUGGGGAGAAAGACAGACAGAGCGAGAGCGAGAGAAAGAAAAAUGUCAGUUGGGUGAAGUGUAUUUUCUUCGCAUUUCGCGAGCUUGAAGCAGGGGAAGGGGAGACGAGGAGGACAUGGCGGCGGGUCCGCGGAUGGAACUGGUCGGCAAGCGUUUCGUCUGCGUGGGUGACAACGGCUGUGAGUUGGACGUGUUGAGAAUCCAUGAAUGGGAAUGGCGAGCCGGGGUGAUCAGGGCCGUCUCUUACAGGGAGCCCUCCAACAGUGAACUGUCGGCUUAUGUGGAAUUUGAUGAUCUAGAAUGGGAAAAACGUGAAUGGGUUAAAGUUUAUGAAGACUUCCAGAUUUUUUUGGUGGAGCAUCAGCUGGUCUGGGCUAAGAAAAAGAACUCGAGCCUGUCUCAGGGAUCAAAGAAUAAGCAGAUUCAGUGGCCAGCUUUGACAUUCAAGUCUGUUGUGGGAAAGACUGUGCUUCAUUUACUGAUCGCAGUGGAAUUCUUUGUGGAUAAACAACUGAAUUUUAUACCUGGGGAUAGUGCCUUCCAGGUCUACCAGGAUGAUAUAGACAGUCUGAGCCCAGUUCUCAGGGACAACCCCCCGCUUCAUGAAGAAGUAAAAGCCUGGGUUAAAGAACAAAAGGUUCAGGAAAUUUUUAUGCAAGGUCCCUAUUCAUUGAACGGCUAUAGAGUACGAGUGUACAGGCAAGAUUCUGCCACCCAGUGGUUCACUGGUAUCAUUACUUACCAUGAUCUUUUAAGUCGCACUAUGAUCGUGAUGAAUGACCAGGUGCUAGAACCACAGAAUGUCGAUCCUUCUAUGGUACAAAUGACUUUUUUGGAUGAUGUUGUUCAUUCUCUGCUGAAAGGUGAAAACAUUGGCAUCACAUCAAGACGAAGGUCUCGCUCUAAUCAAAACAGUCCUGCAGUUCAUGGUCAUUACACCCGUGCUCAAGCCAAUAGCCCACGAUUGGCGAUGAAUUCCCAGAAUUUAUCAGGGAAGCAGAAUCAGCAGCAACAACGAAUGAUCCGUUCAAAUAAAAGGAAAGAAUCUGAUUGUAGCAUUCUGGAAGAAACUAAAACGGAGGAUAAAUGUGAAAACCCUGUCAAAGAAGAAUCUUCAAAGAGCAAAGCAAAACAGUCGGUUAAUAAAAGGAGAAAGCCAGUUGAAGAUGAAAAGCAAGUGACUUCAGAAAGACUGAGAACAAAUAAUAAUUCGGACACUGAAAGCAGCGAGUCUGAAAAUUCUGUGAAUAAAGUCAUCUUAGAUUCUUCGUCUGAGCAGAGUUCAGAAACUGAAUUGCCAAACACGAUAACACUGGAUGAUAAUAAAGAUGAAAAUAUCUUGCAGAAAAAACAGGAAUCUGGGGAAAAGAUGGUAAUUGAUAAUUCAGCUCUCUGUAAUAAGAUUAACAAGGAGAAUGAAACUCAAAGACCUGAACUAGUUGACAAUAAAAUUGAUCUCCAUAAGCCGAAAGUUGAUAGUCAACAAAGCAUAAAAUCCCAAGAAGUAACUGGUGGGUGCAUUGUAGAAGUAAUGACGACUAGUGAAUCUGUGGAGCCAUAUCCAUAUAAGCUGUUAAAUUGUUCUGAACAGAAAUCUUUAAUUGGUAUCAGUGAUGGAAUUUUAUCAAACAAUGUGCUUCAGGAAGCUGUUGAUACCUGUUCCCUCAGUCUCGCAUCGCAGAAACUGGAAGUUGACACUCUAAAUCCAACACAUACAGUUUCAAAAAAACACAAAUCAGAUAUUCAAAAAUCAGAGGUAGAUGUAGAUCUGAACAGAAUUAACAAAAAAGUCAAAUCUCAAGUUGAUGAAUUUUCAGUUGUUAAUGAUUACAAUAGUGGUUUGGAAAAAGAAAAAGCAUCUAAUGCUUCAGGACCACAAUCCAAUCUUCCUGUUCAUGCUAUCAACAAAAUCAGUAAACCAAAUAAAGCGACCACUUCACCUGAAACACUGAAGCCUGAAAUAUCUCAUCCUCGCAGCCUAGCUGCUUCAGUUUCCAGGCCAACUGCAAGGUAUAAAAAUGAGUCAAGACUCCAACCUUUGGGUGCAAGAACAAUUGUGGAAACGACAAGAAGCCCUUUAAUUGUUGAUAAAAAUGAACAUUUUACUGUAUACAGGGAUCCUGCUUUGGUUGGACCUGAGGCAGUAACAAAAUCGUUGUCACCAUAUUUGCACCCGCAUCAUCACCCACUUCACACUUCAUCACAUUCAACUUGUUUGACCACAAAUAGCUCUCAUUUAUCUGUAAGAGUGUCAUCACAUAAAUCUGCCGGAUCUCCACAGACUUCUGGUUCUAAUGAUGCCCGAGCUCUCAACAGUGCCCUUUCCCACUCAGUUCAUUCUUCCCAUCUCCUUCCUAAAGUAUUACCAGGAAUUCCAUCAGCAUCUUUGGUGUGUGGGCAUUUAGAUACUGUGCAUGCAAGAAAUUUAAACCCUUUAGCGCUGGCACAUUGUCAGCAACAGUUUUUACAGCAGCAAUCAUCUCAGCUCCUUGGCCGGACCCAUCCAUCUACUCCUUAUAAUCAUCUUGGACUCUAUCCUGUUAUCUGGCAGUAUUCAAAUGGCACUAAUCUGUCUUCGGGUCUAAGCUUGACCUCAUCUAAGUGGAUUCACCCUGAAAACUCAGUGAGUGCUGAAGCUUUUAGGAGGAAUGCAUCCUGUCCUUGGCUACCUCAGCACACCUCUAUGAGCUCAACUGAUGGUCUGGGAUUUUUAAACCACAUUCCUGUUCGUCCUGCCAGUGCUGAACCUCAUCGACCCUCGAAACUGGCCCCGCCUUCUAGUCCACCUUUGUCUAAAUCAACUGGAAAUCAUCAGAAAGAAGAAAUUGACAAGAAAACUGUAAUUGAUUCAUUCCAUUCUGUUACUUCUGCUCAAAUGAAGCUUGAAUUUAAUCAUGAUGGACAUUCACACGGAGUGGAAAGCCAGCUGACCCAAGGAUUUAUGAACACCGUUCUUUGUCAGAAUAAGCCAAAAAGAUCACUCCCGGAACAAAUUGACAGUCACAAUAUGUAUAAAGAAGAGAGUCGUAAGAUUCUGCAGGAGAGCAUUGAAGUAGCUCGUCUUGCUUCCACAGUCAAGCCAAAUGAAUGUGUGAAAUAUGGCCUUUCUAGAAUUCCAUCUUUGCCUACUGAUUUAAAACCCCAGAACAUAAAACAAGAUAGAGAAACGAAGUAUUAUGCAAUCCAACUUUAUGCAUCAAAGAACUCGGUACCUCAUUCUGUGCCCCAGAGCAACUAUUUUACUACUUUGUCAAACAGUAUUAUAAAUGAGCCACCUCGGUUAUAUCUGUCUAAAGAUGCAUGUCCUUAUGCUGAGAAAACUAAUUCUUCAACCCAUGCUCUCCUUUCCUAUAAUAAGACUCUUUCCAAACCGCCUCCACUUAUUAAGCAUCAACCUAAAGGUGAGGGAUCAGGUGGCAAACAUACAGAACAGUUUUCCCAUCAGGUGACUUCUCAGAAUGCCAUCUCAAAUACAUCUGAUCACAGGGGAACGACAGAACAGUUGCCAGUUUUGCCAUCAAAUUCUAUGAGAGGUAUGCCAUCUCUGCAAAGAGCCCCUAUUUACCAUCAUCCAUCUCAUCACAUUAUGGAACGGAAGGAAGGUAAUUACCGCAAUCUGUCCCCACCGACCUUAACUCCAGUACUCCCUGUCAAUGCGGCUAAGCUUUCUGAUUUGCAGAAACCUCCAACUUUAUUGCCAGAGCCAAGGCCCGGAGUAAAAAAUUGCACAAACAAUCAAACAAUCGCUUCUAAUGACAGCUGGAACACUAGUACAGGAUUUAUUCGUAAGCCUGUUUGCCAUUUGGAAAACAGAAACAGCGAUGUAAUACAAGUUCCCCCAGCAUCUGUAAUUGUAAGACCAUCGUCCACAGUUAAGCAUGAAAUUAAAGCCGAAAUUCAAUGUAAUGCCAAGGAUUCUGCACGGUUAGUAAGGCAAACAAAUUUAUUUGAUUCAAAAUUCAAAGAAGUAUGUAAAGUUAUAUUGCCUAACUUAAACUUGGAUACUGCAAGUGGAGAACAUGAGAAAAAGUUAAAGAUUUUUCUUCCAGACAACAAUUCAAGCUUCAGUACUGUCACCAACUCUUUCAAUAAUAGCAGUGCUUGCCCCUCAACUUCUGUAGCCACACCAAUUAACAUUGUAAGUGGCGAAGAAACAAAUACAACCUCAUGUCAAUCGUACACCCCAGUCAAUAGUAUAGCAGGACAAAUUAUUCCCAAAUCUUCAGAUCGUUUCAAAACACAGGUACAAGAAUGCAUGAUUGAUACCACAUCUACUGCAAUUUGUUUAGCAGUUGCUGCAAGAACAGGAAGCACUGUGCAAAGUGACACAGGAAUCUCAAGCACAACUGAUUAUUACCAGUUGAAGAAACACAAAGCAGCGCUGGCUAUGGCCUUCUCUGGAAGUACUCUUCCUAAUAACAAUGAAUCUGCAAGUCUUAAAUAUUAUAAAAGUUCAGUAUCUCUACCUCCCAAAAAUACUGGAACAUUAGGUUUAUUUUGUAAAGUAAAUUCUGUCACUAAUGGUCAGAUUCCUCAAUCCAAUCAACCGAGUUUUCACACAAAACUGAAAAAAGCUUGGCUAACUAGACAUUCUGAAGAAGACAAAAACACAUGUAAAAUUGAAAAUUCAGGGACUACAGGGAAUGAUGCAAAGAAGCCAAUUACGAUUAAUUCUUCGGCUUCCACAACAAAUGAUGUAGACAAGAAGGCUCAACCUGAUGAAGGGAAAGGUGAGCAGGAAGAAAGAAAACCCAGAGGAACAAAAAGAACUUAUGAAUCUGAUGUGUCAGAUGACUUCGAUGUAUCAGAUGAAUUUGAACAUAAAUUGGAGCACCGUGUCAAACGCCAACCCAAACCAACCUACAAAAAGAGACAAAAUGACCUGCAAAGACGAAAAGCUGGAACUGAGAGGGAGGACGUGGAAAUAAAGCCAAAUGGCACAUUGUAUAGGAAUACAAAGGAAAAGAAAAAUAAACUUCAGAGCAAUGGUUUACCACGCUCUGUCUUAAAAGACUGGAGGAAAGUUAAAAAGCUCAAGCAGUCUGGAGAAUCUUUUCUGCAAGAUGGUUCAUGCUCUGAGAUAGCCUCAAAUCUUCAAAAGUGCAGGGAAUGUCGUAUGAUUCGUUAUAGAAAAAAUGAGGAAUUCAGUCAUUCAGCUGUAUUCUGCAGAUUCUACUACUUUCGCCGACUAGCAUUCAGUAAGAAUACAGUACUAAGGGCAGACGGGUUUUCAACUCCUGACCAGUAUGAUGAUGAAGCAGUAAACUUGUGGUUACCGAGAUAUACCACAAAUCUGAAUUUGGACACCGAAUCUUCCAAAUAUAUAUUGAAAAAUGUUGGAGAUAAAUUUUGUCAAAUAGAGAGAUCUGAGAAGACUGCUAUGACAUGGUUUAAACCAGAUGCCAAACUAGCCUGGAAGAGAGCAGUAAAAGGAGUUCAAGAAAUGUGUGAUGCCUGUGAAGCCACACUGUUUAAUAUCCAUUGGGUUUGCCAGAAAUGCGGAUUUGUGGUCUGUUUGGACUGUUAUGAAGCAAAGGAAAGACGGGGUUCCAAAGCUGUUAAAGAAAUUUAUGUCUGGCUGAAGUGUGUCAAAGGUCAAGUUCAUGAUCCAAAGAGCCUGAUGCCAACACAGAUUAUCCCUGGUUCUGUUUUGACAGAUAUUGGAAAGGUAGUGCAUUCCAUCAAGGACAGUUGGAACAUUUCUGCAGGUUAUUUUAAGGAACAAAAUGUACAGCCUUCCAAGCUCUCUACAACAAAUGGAGUUUUGCAGUGUGUCCUAAAUCGCAGCACCAUCAACUCAGUGGCUAAACAACUUUCAACAUCGGAGAACCCAGAGGCUAAUGACAAUUCCAACAGCCCUAGGAUCCACAUCAUUGCGGAAGAAAACAAAGAAUUGUUCAUGUCCAAGGCAGUGAAUGUUGAAAUAAACCAAAUGGAUAAGACAGAGAAUUGCAAAACGGCUGCCACGAAUGAACCGGGGUCAACUCUGCGGGAUCUACUUACUGCAACAGCUGGCAAAUUGCGAUUAGGCUCAACUGAUGCUGGUAUUGCCUUUGCCCCAGUGUUUUCUGCAGAGACACCUAUUGGCAGAGGUGCAAGAAGCAUGCCGAAUCUCUUAGAUGAUAUAAUUGCAUCAGUUGUGGAAAAUAAAAUCCCAGCAAGUAAAUCGGAGAAAUUGCAUGGGAAAGAAGAAACAAAUCAACAUUUGCAAAAAGAAAUUAAAAACUUAAAUUUAGGUUCCAUCAGCAAGAAUCAUCCUGAAGAAUCAUAUUCUUGGCUUUGUGGGGGAAAUGUACUGUGGCUCCAAGAUUCUGGAAAUCCCAGCAAUUGUAAGAUAUUCAGAGAAUGCUGGAGACAAGAACAGCCUGUUCUUGUGUCUGGAGUGCACAAAAAACUAAAUUCCAACAUUUGGAAACCUGAAAGCUUCAAUGAGGAUUUUGCAGACCAGAAGGUCGACCUAAUUAACUGCAAAGAUGGCAGUAUCGUAUCCGGUGUGAGAAUUCAAGACUUCUGGGAUGGUUUUGAAGAUUUAACGAAGCGAUUGAAGUCUAAGAAUGGGGAAUCUUUAUUGCUGAAGCUCAAUGAUUGGCCUUCUGGUGAAGAUUUCAAAACCAUGAUGCCUUCUAGGUAUGAUGACUUUAUUAAAAAUUUGCCACUGUCACAAUAUUGCAAUCCUGAAGGAAAUCUAAAUCUGGCAUCCCGGCUACCGAAUUUCUUUGUUCAACCAGACCUAGGGCCGAAACUGUAUAGUGUUUAUGGACAAACAUCAGUGAAAGAACAUGGAACUACUAACCUCCAUCUAGAUGUUGCUGAUGUAGUCAAUGUCCUUGUCUAUGUAGGAGUACCAAAAGGGAAUGGAAACAAUCACAGAGCAGCUAUCUUGAAAAAAAUGGAAGAAGAAAUUGAUGAAAGCACAAAGAAGAGAUUGAAGAACAGUAAUGAGACUCCAGGUGCUUUGUGGCAUAUCUUUUCAACUAAAGAUACAGACAAAAUAAGGGAGUUUCUGCAAAAGGUUAAUGAGGAAUUGGGUCAAGAGUCACCUGAACAUGAUCCACUCCUUGAUCAGAUCUGUUACCUGGACAAGAAAAUGCGCCAGAGGCUCUGCGAAGAAUGCGGAAUACAAUGCUGCUCCAUCUUGCAGUUCUUGGGUGAUACAUUCUUAAUACCAGCUGGGACAUUGCGUCAGAUGCAGAGUAUUUACAGUUGCAUUCAAGUUUCUGAAGACUUUGUGUCACCUGAGCACAUAGCACAGUCUUUCCAUCUGACACAUGAGCUAAGACAUCAGUCAAAAGAUGAGAUAAACUACGAGGAUAAAUUCCAGAUAAAAAAUAUAAUUUACCAUUCUGUUAAAGAUGCUGUGGGAACUCUGAGACUGCAUGAAGAAAAUGCACAUCAAAAGGUUUAGUUUUUUCAGACCAUUGAGAAUUUACAUCACCGUCUUUUAACAUAAGUACCUACAGUGCCAUAAUCACCAUUGUGGCUACUGUAUUUAUUGGCCGGUCUAUCGAAAUUAUUAUAAUUAGAAAAGCGAAAUGUAGCUAUAAUAACCUGCAGAAAAAUAGCACUGUGGUGUUCCAUGUACUAUAUUGUACAUUUUGAAAAUGACAAAUGUAUUUAUUUUUUGAAAAAUUGUUACAGAACUUUAUGCUGUUAUAGAUCUAAUGUAAAUGUGAUUUGUACAGUUUAGUUUGCUAAAAUUGAUAUUUUUCACUACAUUGAGACAGUUACUGUGAAAAGGCAGAUGCAAUUACCAGCAAUGCCUAUUUUUUAAUCGCUGAAUCGCACAGCCAUCCAUGUCAUACCUUAAGGUAUUGCCAAAAGAAGUACACUUUGAAGUUCCUUAUAGGCCAGAUAAUGGAUGGAUAUACUACAUGCAUUAGCUUUUAAUUAACUAUUCAUUGUAACAUUAAAACAUUUACAGUGUUGUAAUUUAUUCAAAAUGUCAUCCUGUUUUGUUAUAUUAGUUAUUGUGAAUCUUUUGCAAGCAAAAUGACUUUUAAAGAAGAAAGUUGAUAUUCUAUGUAAAUACAUAUAAAUAUAUACAUCAAUUAUGUAUUUUUUUAAAGCAUAGCUUGCUUCAAUUUAUUAAAGUACCUGUGUUAUGUGCUUUAUACAUUAAAAUUCAAAGGGGUUUUACAUUUUGAAAU